UCAGUGGGUAAAAGAGAGAGAAUCUUUAGUUUUAGUUCAAAUUAUUUUCCUCUUUCUUUCUUUAUUUAUUUAGUAGCGAUUGGGGGAAUGGUGGAGUCCUCCAUGUUCGAUCUUUCUCUGUUCAAACGGAUUAAGAUCAUUUUACCUCCGAAACUGGAGCUCAAACUCGUGGGAGAAGAUAAUGAAGCUGUUUCUUCUUUUUUUUCUUCUUCCCCCCUCUUUAUCUUAGCUUCUGCCUUCUUUUGCAGUCUCCUGAAAAUGGACAUACAUGCGAAAUUCUGUAAUUCGGUCAGCUGAUCGGCCGUUGGGAUUACGGAUUGUUUCAGACUACUUUGGGGAUUCGAGAUUAAAGACUGCAUCUGGUAAGAAAAAGGGGCUGAAAUCCCAAUGGAAAAGCUGCCCAAGGCAUAUGAAAAGGAGUACAUGAGGAUGGCCAUGUUAAAACAUGAAGAAACAUUCAAACAACAGGUACAUGAACUUCAUCGGCUAUAUCGAACCCAAAAGACAUUGAUGAAAAACGUAGAGAAAAGCAGGCAAAAUCAAAAUGGAUGGAAUUCAGAGAGUUGGGACAAAAGGAAUGAGAUAUGUUUCAGACAAAUUUAUGAACAGGAUGCAAAAAGUUACUACAAAUCAACUCACACGACCAAACUAGAUUUGGAACAGCCCGCUGAAGACGAAGAACCAGAAUUCAACAACAAUGGAGUUCUGCAGAUCAUAAACGAGAAUGAAAUCGAACUAACUCUAGGGCCUUCAAGUUACAAUACUUCAGAUUCAGGAGUAACCCUCUCUUCUUCUUCAACAGGGUCCAGCCAUGAGGGAAGACGUGGGGAUUCAAAGCAAGUUAAAGGUCAAGAAAUGGAGGUUUUGGGGGCAACUGAAACUUCCUCAGGCUACCAAAAUAAUGCAAGUAAUAGGGAAGACAGGAAGAUCCUAGAUUACCCUCCUUGGCUUUUUCAAGUUGUGAGCCUUAACAUGACUUAAUUUUCAAGGUAUAAAAAAAAAAAAAUUCCCCAUUCAUUUCAAUCAAAUAUUUUAUGAGAACAUCUUCUUUGGGUUGCUUCUCAUUGACUAAUCAACAGGGUGAUUGGUGUUUAGUUGUAUUGAGCUUUCUUCUUCUUCAUCUCUUGCUUGUAUAUUGAGGUGUUGAUGUGUAUUCAUUUGUAAAGUUUAACUUUGGGGGAAAAAUCGCUUUGAAUUUGAAGCUAUAUGAUUAAUGUGAAUUGGAGACGAA